AUUCAAAGCCCUCCAACUGAAGUCGAAGUGAGUUCCGAGGGGCUCGUGAUCGGCAACGGCCUUCUUUUCCCCGACGGAGUUAAAGCUAUUUAUCGCUUUACUUACGCUCCAUUUAUACUUCUCCAUACAUUGGUUUUAAACCGCGCUAGGUUACAAUGUUCUUUUCUGGAACUCUGCAGGAAGGCAUCGCUUUAGCAGUCUCGCAAGCUAAAGCGGUAAUAUGCUUUGUUCGAGAUAAUGAUCAAACAAGUAACCUCUGGGAAGAGGAUUAUUUCGCUGACAAAGAUUUCGCGCAAUUACUCGAAACGAGAUCUGUCCUGUUGCGACUCACCAAGGAUUCUCAAGAAGCUACAUUCUUGACGUCCUUUUGCCCCGUAACGAAGUUCCCUGCUGUUGUAGUGAUCAAGAAUGGAAUGCUGCGGGAAUAUCUUGUGCCGGAUAUCUCGAAGGAUGACUUUCAUAGUCGGCUGAAGGCUGUUCUAGAGGACAGUAACCCGACCACGCAGCCCAGUCUGAACUCACCGGCUCAGGACACCCAGAUUCAUACUGCGAGCCCAUCCACCAAUUUACACACAGCGCCUGCGACUGCAUCACAGCCUGAGCCUUCACCAGCUCCUGUCGCUGCUGUGCCGGCGCCAGCGCCAGCUUCAACUGAGUCACAAGGAAGUAGACCACUAAGGCAACCAGGUCAACAGGAAUAUAAUAGUCUACGUGCCGGCGGGAGGACGUACAGAGUUGAAACACCCAGCCAGGCACCGAAACCCCAGCCAAAGAAGCAAGAAACGCCGAAACCACAAGGAAUAGCCAAGCCCAAAGAUAGCACGAAAAAGCAGGAGUCAGAAACAAAAGCCACGAAAAACACUGCAUCUGUCGAAAGCACCGACACGCCUGCAAAGGAGCGCAAGCCACAAACCCCAACACCGCCCAAACAAUAUCGGCUUCAAGUCCGUCUAUUCGAUGGAAGUUCCAUCCGGUCCAGCUUUUCACCUUCGCAAACCAUCCGCGGAGAUGUUCGCCCGUGGAUUGACAGUCAGCCUGGGGAUGAAAAGCGCCCGUAUAAUCUCAAACACAUCCUGACUCCCCUGCCGAAUCGGACACUUACUAUCGCCGACGAAGAACAGACGCUUGCAGAGCUUGGACUAGGCUCCACAGCGAAUUUAGUCAUGGUUCCGAUCAAUACGUAUACAGAAGCCUAUUCGGCCACUGGGUCCAGCUUACCGGCCCGGGCUGUAUCGUCUGCAUAUGGGCUUGUUUCCUCUGCAGUUGGCACCGCCACGGGUCUCGUAGGCUCCUUCUUCGGCUAUAGUCAGCCAGCUUUGACUCCGUCUGCGGCCCCCCAAGCCAGCACAUCCUCCACAUCUCCGUCUGGCGAUGGCGCAUCAAGGUCACGGCCAUCUCCACCGAGAGGUCCUAUAAUCCGGACACUGAGAGACCAACGCAAUGAACAGGAUGAUAGCCAAUUCUACAAUGGAAACCAGCUUAAUUUCGAGCCCCGACAAGACACCGGCAGGUGACCAGGGUGGUAAUAGCUAGCUGAUAUAAAUUAAGCCUACGGUGUUUACAGUUCCUACUUAAUUGAUACUUUGGCUGAUUUCACCUGUUGCUUCGACGGCUAUGGCGUGGUAGGUAUUCUUUGGAUUAUAUUAGGAUGGGAAGCGUCCCCCUUUUGCUUUCAGAUUACAGGGAAACUAAGUUGUAAACUGGACUAUAGCUAUGCUCGCUUUCCGCG